AAAACGUUGCUCUGAAAGUGGGGAAAGAGAUUCGAUUGGUGGGGGAUUGGUACUAAAGGCCGCAAAAGGAAAAAUAAAGAGCAAUGUGAUUCAGAUUGACCCCAUAAUUAAAAUUUUCGAACCAAAAAAUUCUAUAUCAAAGCGUAACAAACAUAAAAUAGUUUAAUUACAAUCACGAUGUGUCGCGAACGCUCUGAACAAAGAACAUUAGGGGUCUGGGAAAGAGCACUGGUUCCAAGAUGGCGGUUCGGCCGGUAGUUCGCAUCUUAGCAUUUGGCGAUAGUCUGACGGAAGGUUGGUGCGAUUUUGGGACGAAAUUCCACCCCUAUACCCGUAAAUUACAAACUCUUAUUCAGUCCCUAUCCAAAUCUGUUGAUGUUGUAAACAGGGGUGUCAGCGGAGAAAGAACCGACCAAAUGAGUGAUAGACUUCCUUUAGUGUUGAACAGAGAUGGACCAUUUGACCUUGUGAUUAUCUUGGGAGGCACUAACGACCUUGGUUUAUCUUUAAAUAAGGACGGUGAGCCUUUGUUUCGACGCUUAAGAUCCCUCCAUGAGCUAGCACUCCGAUACUCGCCAUUAUCUGUAGCAGUGACAAUUCCGGAAACAGGUUACGAAGCUAUGGACCGAUUCACAGCUGUGAAAGAGAAACGUUUGCAAGUGAACGCUCUUUUGAAAAAAUACGUGAAAGACUGUGGUGGUAAAAUGAUUCUGUCUGACUUAUCAGCAAAGCUGCCACGGGAAUCUCUGAGUCACGAAGAUCGCAGAAAGUUCUGGGAAGAUGACCUCCACUUCACUCCGGCGGGGUAUGACAGAAUGGGUGAAAUAAUUUUCGAGGAUAUUAAACAUUGCUUCAUAGAAAGCGAGGAAACACGAAGUCGGCUAUUUGACCAAUCCACAAGUUUUCGCACGUUACCAUGAGGAAUAUAGUCCAUUGUUAGGUAUGGUUUUGUCAGACGCUCACACCCUCAGGCAGGCCAUUUUUUUCUCCCCCUCCCUGCUGCCCUUCCCGUAGGAAGGUUACCCCAUGGCUAAGCCCCGCUUUUAAAGUGCAAAUGCUAACCUGUUAUCAAGCUGGAAUUACCAGAGCAGCAAGAUGAAAAGAAGUCCAACGUCAAUGCAGUAUGUGGCUACCAAAGUUAAGGCAAAAAUUUUGUGUUAUUGAAUAUUAGUAUUAUAGAAGAAUUAGAGGUGAAAUUUGAACUGGCAAAACAUGUUUGUAACAUAUUGUAAUUAUUUUUACCCUGGAAUAUAAUAAUAUAUUAUAGUAUCAUCACAGAAGUUACUGUACACAAAUGAAGACGCAACCAAAUAUUACAGUGCUCCUGACGAUGUCAUUGCGUAAGCCACAAAUAAACAACAAAUAAAUUUAUGUCUGCGGCAUCCCUUGCCUGUCAGUGUCACUAAAACAUACAUCAAUAAAACAGUCUAGGAGGUGCUUUUAGAGACCAAAGGGCAGUUAAUCAGGGCUUGUGGAAAAAAUUGCAUUGGAAAAGAACUCUUGGCAAUAGCCUUGAUAAGUUGCAAGCUAGUUCCAGUCCAAUAUUGAGAAUACGAAAAUGGUCUAUUAACUACCUGUUUGUCUCCUACAAUGCUUGGGGGUAAUCAGAGAGCCGUUUGUGCCAACUUCCUGUCACACUGUAGGGCCUAAAUGGUAAUAGUCCAUUCAUGAAAUCCUAUUUUAGUGCCUGAAAAUGCGUUUUCAGGCAAAUAAAUUGUUCCAUUAACACCUUUAUUGGAAUGAAAAGAGAGGAUGCACAUACUCUCGAUGGAAGUUCCUCUUCUUUUAAUCUUGACAUAGUAAAAUUACAAUAAGGAAAAAAGACUCAAGAUAUUCACUUUUCACAAGUGAGUGAUAGCAUUAUCAAAUAGAAAAUAUAAGUCUAAAAUAUUAUGUCAAGUAGCAGAAUAUAAAUUCAGUUACAUGUAAAUACUUUCAGAAAAAAAGCUGUUGAAUAGAAAUUUUAGUAACAUUGGGAACUUCACAAACUUCAACAAGGAAAUACAGGAAAAGUGACUAUUAGAUGCAGCAAAAAAAAAAAAAAAAA